CAGGUGUCAGGGCCAGGUGGCAGCACAGGCGAGGUCCACCAGCUGAUGUAAACAACUAUGGACGUGGAGGUUGAGGAGGUGGCUAAACUCUUAUUUCCUGAGGGAAUACCUGAUUCAUGGAAAGACAGUGAGGAGUUCAGCAAUUACAUCAUACAGCUGGCAUCAUGUGGCGUAGAGAAAUUAGCGAAGGAAGGUGGUCAUCUGCGAGAAGAGAGAGCAGCUAUCUUGGAUCAGACAAGAGACUUGGCUUACACAAACUACAAGACCUUUAUCCACACUGCUGACUGCUCUAGAGCAAUUUAUAAGGAUUUCACUAGAGUGGAGAGCCACCUGGAGGGUCUUUCAUCCUGUCUGCCCAACUUGAGGGGAAGAGUGGAGGGAUUCUUAGUUACAUCGAGGAACCUAGCACAGUCGCGCCACCUAACCUCACUAACACUUACAAAGCAUACACAGUUAUUGGAGAUUCUGGAGCUGCCACAACUAAUGGACACCUGUGUAAGGAAUGGCUAUUAUGAGGAAGCUUUAGAAAUUCUGGCGUAUGUUCGUAGACUUGAAAAAAAGCACACAGACAUUCCUAUCAUUGCUGGGAUUGUCACAGAGGUACAAGCUGGUACUCGUUUGAUGUUGAGUCAGCUUCUUGCCCAGUUGCGGUCACCCUUAGCUCUACCACAGUGCCUCAAAGUAAUAGGUCUGCUGCGGCGUUUAGAUGUCUUUACGGAGCCUGAAUUGAGACUCAAGUUCCUACAGGCCAGAGACUCAUGGUUCAAUGGCAUCUUAAAGGGCAUACCUAAGGAAGAUGCGUAUCACCACAUAAUCAAAGUAGUGGAAGCAUCCCGAGUCCACCUCUUUGACAUUGUGACUCAGUACAGAGCCAUCUUCUCGGAUGAUGAUACAAGAUUCAGCCUUGGUGACCCUGAGGUUAAUGAACAGGCAAUCUUCCACGGCUGGAUUUUGCAUAAAGUUAACCAGUUCAUCAAGAUAGUGGAGAAGGACUUGGAGCGUGGAGUUGGUGCUAACCUGGAGGCUGUCCUGGCCCAGUGUAUGUUUUUUGGUCAGUCUUUCAGUCGCAUUGGAGCUGAUUUCCGAAACCUUCUUAUUCCACUGUUCCAGAGAGCUGCACUGUUACAAUGUGAGAAGGACAUUAGGACAGCAAAUAUUAAAUUUGAUGAGACGCUAAGUAGCUUCUCUCUGAUGGAGGCCCCACAGCUCAGUGCAUCCACAUCAUUUAUGGCUGAGACACAGGAUAAGGCAAGACCUCCUCUUACUCUGAUGGAAUUUCCGCCUCUGGCACAUUAUAUGAAUGGAUUGGUAACAGCGUUUAACACACUACGCCAGUGUUGUCCCGUGGCCACACUACCUGACGUCAAUAAGCUACUGCAUCAGUCUCUUACAAAGGUAAUUGCUGCCUUCCUGGAACUUCAUCGGCUGGAAAGUUCCGGUUUCACAGCUCGGGAGGAGGCAGCUUUUCAGCGCAUGUGCUCAGUUGUAGCUCAAGGUCUUCUUCCACAUAUCAACAGCUGUCUUCGUCUCCUUUAUCCACUUCAGCAAAUAUCUCUCAUCACUGGUGUUCCUGUGAUGCAGCUUCAGAGAGAGAACUUUGGUCUCCUGAAUUUAGAAGAGAUGCUAGCACCUAUCGAGCAUCUUCUACCCAAAAAAGAAGAAAACUUAGCCUCUGACUUAGAUUUUCUUCAGGAUCAAGUUACAGCACUUGGAAGCAGACUUGAAGAAUCCCAAGUUGAUGCAACAAAUGUUACCAUAGAUAAAGUUUCGAAACUGCAAGUUAGUUCUGACACAGUUCCAGAUAAUGACCAAAUAGAAAAGGCAGUGUCUGUAAUUGACACAGAAGCUCCACAGGAUGACCUUGAUAGAGCACAAGAUAAUCAUGUAAACAGUGCUGCUGAGAUGGUACUCUCUCAAGACCUCCAUCCUGAUGCUCAAGAACACUUAUCCAAAACUAAAAAACAAAUGACAGCACCUGAAGCUCAGGUGUUAGAGCAACAAUUAGAUUCAGCUCGGCAAUUAAUUGCAAUGCCAAAUGUAACACCACUGUUGGAACCUGUACAACUAGCAGAUGAAAUGCCUGUGUUAGAACCUGUACAACCAGCAGAUGAAAUGCCUGUGCUAGAACCUGUACUACCAGCAGAUGCAAUGCCUGUGUUAGAACCUGUACAACCAGCAGAUACAAUGCCUGUGUUAGAACCUGUACAACCAGCAGAUGAAAUGCCUGUGUUAGAACCUGUACAACCAGCAGAUGCAAUGCCACUGUUAGAACCUGUACAACCAGCAGAUGCAAUGCCUUUGUUAGAACCUGUACAACCAGCAGAUGCAAUGCCACUGUUAGAACCUGUACAACCAAUAUAUGUAACACCACCACUAGAUACAGUACCACCAUUGAACCCAACACCAUUAGUAGAACCAGUUCCACCAGCAGACACACCAUUAUCCACAGACUCAUCACUACUGCUAUAUGACAUACCAUUACAGUAGAUCCAAAACCAUCAGUGCAUACAUCUACCAUCACCAUCAUAACCCUCUGUCCCACAAAACCUAACACCAUCAUAGAAACUUUUUUGUAUAAGAAUACCUACCUUUACUGUUAAUCAUUCAAAUAUCAACAAUCCCAAACAGUUAUACACAUGUUAACAACCAUUAAUUAGUGAGAUAGUGUUGCUGCAUCACCCGAUCAUCUAGUAAAAUUAGUCCGAUGUCCUCGCCUUCCUAGAAUUAAGUUAUAUAUUGAAUUAAAGGUAUGGUUAAUUUUCAUAUAUGCAUUGCUGUAUAUAUAUCACGAUAAAUUUUAACAUUACCACAAUACUGUAUAUAAAAUACAAGUAAUAAUUUAUGAAUGCAUAUUAAUUGUGUACUAUUAGUAUUGAUAUAACUGCAAUGUUUACAUCUUGGAAGUGACAACCCAGGGCACAAUCAGAACCUCACCAUUCUGUAGUACUGUACACACUCGUAUUCCUCCUCCUAGGAAACCUUGGAUAAGUCUAUAAGCGUUUUCUUCCUUGCCCAUGCUUGAUACAGCCCAAAAUAACCAUGGUCUGUCUUGAAUGUUUACGUUUGUGUGAUACUGUAAUUCAACUGAUCUCGCGUGACCACUGUGAGUGCAUUAAGCCAGAAUUAUAGUACCAGAUUUGCCUGCCGGUUUGAAAAAAUUGCCAGUGAAGGUGCUCGUGAUGCAGCCUUAUAUAUAUUGUUGUUUUUUGUUUUUGUUUUUCAUAUAUCUUUGUUUUCUUUCUCUUGUUAAUACAGUAUUUACCUAA